CUAUUACCCGAGCUGCAGUAGCCUAGCCGUGGAAUCAAGUGAAACAUCGCCCCUUCGUAUUCCCUCUUUCCUCAUCUCACGCUCUAAACGCUUUUUCUCGGUCGUCGGUAGUUAAAAAUGGCCGAUCCAGAGAGAAUCGAAUGGUCUUCCCUUGUGUUGAGGGCGAUGAGCAAGCGUCGGACCUGGGCCUCUCUCUUCCUUCUCGUGUACGCUCUCCUCCUGUGCUCUUCCUGGAACCUUAUCCUUUCCAUCCGCUCCUGGUACGGGUCUGCAGCCGCCGCUGCACCCUCGCCGGCGUCACUUGGGUGGCCAGCGCUCUACGCCUCCGUCCUUUACGGCGGGGUCUUCGGUCUUCUUUCAAUGGGGGCGGCGCUCGCAGUAGCUGUGCCGGCUACCGUCGUCACUUGGAUUACCGUACUCGUUCUUCUCGCUUUCGCUGGAAAGCCUCGCCGGACUCUGGUGACUGAGGGACGUCGGAUCACCGCUGACAUCGCUGGAUUCGCCGUCAGGAUCCUUCUCCGGGAGGGCAAUUUUGUCGCAGCGCUAUGUGCUCUUGUCAGCUUCGUCACCCUAAUCCUUCGUAGGAAGGGAGCUCGACAGGGUCUGCAAGAAGGGGCUUUGUACGCGAAUUAAACGCUGAUUUUUCCUUUUGUUUUUUUAAUUUACUGUUUUGUAAGGAAGAGGAAGUGGCAGCUGAAGGAAUUCUUUGCCCUAGAUCUGCUUUUUUUCAUAAUUUGGCUUUGUUUAAUUAAUUAAUUAACUUACUAAUUACCUGUUCCAAUAGGUUAUCUUGUUUAAUUUCUGCUGGAUCUUUUACUGUUUGUGUUUUGUGAUGUGAUGAAAAGAUUAAUUUCUAACUUCAGCUAUGCUUUGCUUGUAAGUUUUGAUCACCUUUGAACGCUGAAUACUAAAAUUUGCUUUAUGCUA